AUGCUCGGACUCAAGGGGCAAGCGGAGGAGCCUCCACAAGCCCUGCGCCGCAGCCGCACGGACAACACCCUGCUGCUGCUCGGUCAGCUGGGGAUUCCGCAGCACGAAGUUCCGCGCCUCCAGUCCGGCCUGCAGCUGCUCCAGCGCCGUCGCCACGUGGGAGAGGCACUCGCCAACACCAAUCAUGCGCCGCUCCCAACGGAGGACAUCAAGGACGAAGUGCGUCGGGCAGAAGCUCAGGAGACCGCGCUCGUGGCGAAGGGAAGCGAGCGACAGGGGCGGGGCCGCGAGGAACGAGGGGAUGCUGCUGCUGCGGAAGCUCAGAAGGUGGAUCGGCAGCAACAGGCGACGGCUCAGGCAGGGGGGGCACGAGAGGUGCCCCAACAGAGGACACCGUCGGCGGAUGCAGCGGAGGAGGAGGCGGGAGAGAGGUCGACGCCGAUAGCGGCGGAUCAGACGUCGGCGAGGGCUGGGCCAGCGGAAGGGACGACGCAGCAGGCCCGGACGACUGCUGCUGGGAAGAGUGCUGAGACAGCGCUGGUGGAGGCAGUGGAGGAUGCGGCUGAGACACCAGAGGAGAGCGGGGCUGGAGAUGCGGUCCCACGAUCUGUCGCUAAAGAACAGGUGGAGGGCGUGGAGGUCGGCGACGACGAAAGGAACCUCCACGGGCCCUCAGAUGAGGAUCAGUACGCCCGCGGGGUGAGCGAUACACUGGCUCACGGGGACGAGAGGGGGUCUCGGCCCCCUCGUGCUCGACCAGGGCAGCGGCGGUUCGGAGUAGGACUGGCGCCAGCCCGCCCUAGGCCUCUGGCGGGUUGGGAACAGCAGGGUACCCCGCCACGCGCUCCCGCCGUGGAUGCUUGCCCGUCAUCACAGCAGCGCCUGGAGGCACAGGAGGAGGCGGAAGGAGAGCGACGAGCAGCAGAGCAGGCGGAGGACGAGGCCCACGAGGAGGAAGCGGUGUUGGCAGCCAGCACCGCAGAGCGACGGAGGAGGGCUGGAACAAGCCGGCAAAGAGCGCUGCAAGAGAGAGCGGACGAACAAGCCGCGGGCCAACAGCCGCGAAACGUGGCGGCAAGAGCGGCCACGAGAGGCCGUGGGCGAGGCCGGGGCAGGGGCGGGCGCGUGGGUGAGCUGGCGAGAGCAGUAGCACGGGAAAAGGCCAGAUCUGGGAACUGGCGGGAAAGACACGAGAGGCCAGAACAAAUUGAGGAUGAACCAAUGAAUGAACCUGCAGGGGAGGAGGGGUCAGAAUAUAUGGAGGAACAGGAGGCGGAGUCAGAGGAGGUCUCGGUUGAGGCGGAGGAUGGGGUUCCCACAAAUGGGGAAGGGUGUCGGCGACGUGGACACAGACAAGGACGGGACACAAGGGAGGCAAACGCACAGGUGGGCGAAUCAGAGGCCCAGGUGGCAAACGAGGCUGCCAGCAAGGAGCGGGCACCCAAAGGGUGUUGGAUUGGGAUCUGGGACCACUCCGCGCCAGCGCACAGCCAUUCCUGGUAA